CCACUCUAGAUACAGAGAGGUUAUAAUUAAGACCAAGCCUGUUGUUCGACCAGUUCUGCUAAUUUGUACCAUUGCCUGGCGCCGACCCGUGCAGGAUACAGGUGAACACAAUGGAUCACCGUUCGGCGGCGGUCUGUGUGGCCCUCAUCAUAAUGUUAAUGGUGGACCCGACUAAAGGAGUUUGGUUGGAGGUGUUUGCUACUGAAGAAGGUGUGGGACAGACAGUCAUGGAUGCCUGGAAUGCUGCGGCCGGUGCAGAAGUUCGUCACUACAAGUGUUCCAUUGUGGAGCAGUGGAGUUCGCUCACUAUCAGCCGGGUGAAGAUUGUAUUGGAGGCCUCCGACGGAAAUAAAGAGUUUAUAUUCGAUGGUGCAAACUCAGACAAGACCAACUGGUUCACCAAGGCUCGGCUUCUCUCAUCACCUUAUACUGACAUCCAAACUUCAACUCCAAACUACUUCUCAGUUGUAGGGUUACCUGAGGCCCAGAGGAGAUUCUACAUCAAUCGUAACCAUGGCGGGUGUGGGAACGACGCUGGUUGGCUGGUGGUGGCCGACGCUGGGAUGGCGGGAAUCUGCAAUUGGGAAAAAGCAGAAGCAGCUGUACAUCCUCACGUUCUGUAUUCUAAACUGAACACCGCCGUCCGCUGGGACGACACGGCCAAUGUUGGAAAGGCAGAUCGUAUGCGAAUCUACCUUGAAGGGGAGAACUUGCUUUGUAAUCCUCCUGUCGAUAUCUCCUGCACCACGGAAGAGAAGACCAUGACUAAAAAUGCAUACAGCGUGACUUGUCCCUCUGGUUGUACUUCGGUCUCCAAAACAGUCUGGGGCACUGAAACCUACACGGAUGACUCCAGUAUCUGCCGUGCUGCUAUCCAUGCCGGGUGGAUCCCAGACAGUGGCGGUACCGCACCUGUCUACAGGAAGCCCGGGGAGAGUUCCUACACCGGGAGUACACAGAACGGAGUCACAACCGUGUCGUACGGCUCUUGGCCCCAAUCAUUUGCGUUUGGUGUCAAUAUCGCCUUGAGGAAGCAAGCGUUUCAAACAAGCACAAGCACUGGGAUUGGCGAGGCCAGUCUUGCCGUUGACGGGAAAAUCACAACCACCUAUUCCCAAGGCUCCUGUUCACACACAGCGAAUGGGGGGGAGGCUUAUCCAACCUGGUGGGUGGAUCUCGGCCAAUCUUAUGUUGUUCGCAGAGUAGUCAUCACCAACCGCCGGGACUGUUGCUCCGAUCGACUCAACCCCUUCAACAUCCACAUCGGGGAUUCCGCCCAGGUCACCACGAACCCCCAGUGUGGAGGGGACCAUAACAUCGCGCUGAGUCUGUCGGCCAUGUCCGUCACAUGUCCGGAAAUGCGGGGACGCUAUGUGGGCAUCCAUCUUCCCGGAGCCUCCAGAAUACUGACCCUGUGCGAAGUCCAAAUAUUUGGUGAUCUUGAUGAAUGUACUGAUGGUACUGACAACUGCAGCCCACAAGGCUCUAUUUGUAGCCCACAAGGCUCUAUUUGUACCAACACACCCUCGAGUUUCACCUGUGCUUGUGACGCAGGCUAUUCCGGCGACGGCGUGACCUGUACUGAUGAUGAUGAAUGCACAGAUGGGUCUGACAACUGUAGCCCCGAUGGCUUCUGUACCAACACACCACCAGGCAGUUUUACAUGCGCCUGUAACCCUGGCUAUUCCGGCAACGGUGUCACCUGUUCUGAUAUCGAUGAAUGUGCCAAUGCCAACGGUGGUUGUGAGGGAACGUGCACCAACAACGGGGGAAGCUUCGUCUGUUCCUGUGGGGCUGGUUUUGUCUUGAAUGCCGAUGGACUUAAUUGUGAUGAUGUCAAUGAAUGUGACAGUGGCAACGGUGGAUGUUCACAAACGUGUACGAACAACCGAGGAAGCUUCGUCUGUUCCUGUCGUCACGGUUAUUCUUUGAAUGCUGAUGGCCUGAACUGUGAUUUGGAUUGCGGUGUCCUGUACCCUGGCCUCCUACCAGCCAGCAAUUUUGGUGUCUACGGGGGCAAGUGCUUCUGGUCCUCCAAUGGCCGACGACCACACAACCAACGGUUGACCUACUCGGCGGCCCUACAGGCUUGUCAAGGUCACGGCGGCACACUGAUCAUGAUCAAGGACCACGCCACCCAAACAGCAAUCCUGGACCAUCUGAAGGUGAAGAGUGUCAAGGGCCGGAAGGAAAGGAGGUUUUGGAUGGGACUGGACGACCUUAACGCUGAGAACACUUUCCUCUGGAAUGACGGGACCCCCCUAGGAAGUUACGACUGGUUCAAGUACGACGCUCCACACCAGGAGAGGGACUGUGUGACUCUCUGGAAGCCCCAGAAGAGGGUUCCUCGUUGGUUCAUCAAGCCCUGCGAGAACAGCUACCCGUACAUCUGCCAGCUGGGCACCGGCAACGGCGGGGCCAAAUGAGACAACGACGUAUGCUGACGUCAGACUCACAACAUCGCAAUGACGUCAGACAGUUAGCUCUUUGUUUUUUCUUCGUUUAAAAACACUACAUUUUUAGAGAUUAUGGUGUGGUAUAAUUCUAAACGAAACUGUAUAAAUUGCACUGUCAUUCAAUUAUUCGUCACUGUGAUUUAAUUUAAACUACCUCUAUUACUGGCCCUGCAUAAACGCCAUACUAAAACUUUAUCAAUACAUUCGUAAAAUUCCUUGUGAUGAUAGAUCUUAAGAUGUUCUAACAUUUGCCGUGUUGCUUAUUGUCUCAUACCAUACGAUGGGCUGUUGAAUUAAGAUUUGUUAUGAUCUAAUAAUAACCAUCGUAAGAAGCUGACGUAUAGCACAAAGCAUAAUCUGUCACUUUUUUUUGCCAGAUAUUGUAAAAAUACAUCUCAAUCAUUCUUAGCAAAAUCCUUUUUGUAUCAAAAUUUACCAAGAAAAUAAAACAACAAAAUAACAAACAGGUGCCUUCGACAGGACAACUCCAAUCCUGGUCCCUCCCCGUUAGAAAGCCCUAAUUUCCUUAUCUACACAAUAUACACAGCAGUUCUUCCUUUUUAAUAUUUCUAUUUCAUUUUGUAUUCUUAGAUACAGGUGAACUUUGAACCCAUGGGUCAUAUUCCAGACAACGGAAUUAUGGGUAACUCUAGAGGCAAAAUAUAUCGUUUAUAGGGCGCAUGCGCCUUGUGUCUGCUCUUGCCUGUGAUAUCAUCGGAAGUACGUUUGUGGAGAAAAGUCAUCCAGUUAUUUGAAUAGUAUACUAGUAGGAGUUAUUUGAAUAGUAGGAGUUAAACCAAUCUUUAUAUCCGGAUAAUACGAUGGAGAGCAUAACUGUCUUUCAGCUGAGAAAAUAAAAUGUAAAACAAAACUUAACUUUUCUUUUUACUAAUAAAAGACAAUGGAUGUUGUUUGAAAAGCUUAAAGGAAUAUUGUAAUCGAGCAUUAAAAAGUCAAUUUAAGUUUUCUACCAUAAGAUCUGUUUACCGCUGCAUUACCCAGCGUUCUGUGUUUUUCCAAACAUCCGGAAUAUGGCCCAUGAACCAAAGAAUCCCGAUGUUUCAUUCAUAGAGGGCAUGUUGAUUUGAUUAUAUGGCAUCAUAUUGGAAUCCAAAAACUAAUUCGAGCCUGCGAAUAAAAAAAAGUUUGGCAAAAAACCUUUUGGCACAAAAUAAGUUGCAUUCAUUAAGAAAUCUAAGUGGUCUUGAAGGUUCAACUAAUGACAAACACCGACCAAUAGAUUUUUCGCAUUUUUGUUUGUUUUCACAGUUGUCUUCUUUGACAUCGGAAUCGAUGUUGACAUCAUGUGUUUCUGGAUGUAUUUUUUCUUUUAAUCUACGGCAAGCUCAUUUCACAGCUGCUUUGUACAUGUACUAUUCAAAGUAUGAUCUAAAACUUUUUUAUUAUUAUUUAGUUUUGAAGCGCGCGUGAAUGUCAUCCAUAUAAUCAAAUCAAUUUGCCCUAAUUUUGAAGCUUGUUUUUUAAAACUUCAUAAUUAGCAUUUAAGAUAGUUAUGAUUCCAUAUUUACCGUAGCACGGUUUUAUUCCUUAUUAACACCGCACGACAGUAAUUUUGCAAUCGUGACUAGCCGAAAUAAGGUAUACUUAUUGAUAAAUACUUUAAUUUGGAGUUGAUAACCCGCCCCGAGGUGUAUAUGGUAUCAUAACGCCUGGUCUUUUGCUUUGAUAUGGUUUUAUGAGCUGUUUAUAGCAAAAAAGGCGUUAUGACACAAUAUAUACAGAGGAACAGGCGGGUCUAUUAAAGUUAUUAUCAUAGAGCCUAUCCAAACUGACCAAUUUAAGCGGCAAAUUCAUGAAUAUUUGAACAGUGAAUUUGAAAAACAUAUGAAUUGUAUGUGAAAUGUCAUUCAGUUUCAAGGCUUGAUUCAUUCCGAUGCCGAUUCAUGCUGACCAAUAAGAAGGAGCGAUACACACCGGGCUGGCCAAAAUCUAGGUGUUAUGCCGGCAUAACCAACAUGGAAUGGGGCCUUCUGAUUGGCCCACGGCGGCUGGCUAUAUGAUAACGCUAGUUAAAUGUUUCUUUAUGUAACGAAAUUAUGCAUUACUAACUAAUAAAGGUAACGUAAGGAUGAAAAGAAACACUGACUAACAAACAAAUAAAGAAUAAAAUUUGGUGGAAGGAA